AUGAAUUAGCAAAAUUGACUUUUGCUUUUCAUUUGAGAACAAAAGUUGCAAUUGAUAUGGCGCGCUCAAUUUUCUCGCAUAUUGACAAAAGAAAUAAAGCAAAGUAGCCGCCAUGCCAACCCCAAGCUUUGCCCUGAUUGGUGCCGAGCUCAAGUGUUUGACAACAAAAGGGGCAUAGGCCGCCUAGGUCAAGUGGAGGCUGGCAACGGGGCCUUAGCAACUGGUGACGCUUGCUCACAUUAAGUGUUCAUUGAAACCAAGCAGCCUGUUUGGGCAUAGAUUAUCACAGCAAAAUAGAUGUGCUGACUCUUUUUGAUUUAUUAAGAUAAUUUUCAUUUCGUUAAAAUGACCUCGAUAGCUUUCGGAGGAGGCCCUACUCUAGAGCAAAGAAGGGCAUUUGCUGGACUGAAAUAUGGAACUCAUGUCCCUGGCUAUCGGGGUUAUUGCCCUCAGAUAAAGUAUCGUGUAGGGAGGACAUAUGGAGAUAAUACUAAUGAGCUUGCCCAGACUUGGGAUCACAAACAGCCAGCAGAGCCAGUUGGCUAUGUUCCUAUUGGUGUUCAACAGUCCAGGCUUCCAGACUCCUCAGGAGAUAAUCGAUACACUAAGAAAAUGGUACCAGGAUAUACGGGUUAUAUCCCAAGGAUGGUCUUCAAAUAUGGUAACACAUAUAAGGAGGGCUGUGAUGUAUGUAUAGAUGAAUUUUUGACAACCAAAGAUGGUCUGGACAUUAAGAGAGUGGACCUUCAGCGUACAGUGAGAUCAUACCCCAAACUACAAGCUGUAGCUCAAGAUCCUAAAGUUCGGGAUGAAUUAAACAAGUACAGAGAUACACAUCCAACAAGACCUUUGUUUAUGGAGGACAGGAAGGCAUUUACUGAGCCCCCAAUCCCUGGCUACAAGGGCUUCAUCCCCCGCAUUGGUACUACAGAGCUUGGUCUUGGCGGGCGCUACCACACUACAACCAAGAAUGGCUUAGAAUCUUUUGCAAAGGAAACCAUGCAUCAUUUUGCAGUCCAACAAGAGCCAAUUAAAGUUGAAAGAGGGGAUGACCUUGUCAAAAUGCCUUCCUAUGCUAGGCGGUUAUAUCUUCAUGACGGCAUGAUUCCCAAGUACACAGGCUAUUGUCCGCAGAGGCGAUUUAAUUUCGGUAACACCUAUGGAGACACAACUCGCUCACUGAAUGUAUGCAAACAUGACAUGGCAUGCUAUGGAGACUUUGCAAACACAAUGAGGCAGUCAGCUCCAGUAUAAAGAUGAUCUUUGAUAUUGAAACCAAAAUUACAUCAGAAAAUUAGUGUUUAUACCAAAAAUGAUAAUUGGAGGAAGAUGACAGCAUGAAUCAGUAGCCAGAGGUUCAGUGAUUAUUUCAUAAGUCAUAAGAUUGGCAUUAUUUUCAAUAAUGCUGGUGCCAAAUUGUCGAUGAAAGACAAAGAAAUAAUAUACAGCGAUCCCUUAAUUUUAUAUUGAUUACUUCUGAAGUUAAAUAGGCACUAAACUAGAUCAUUUUAAGGUACAUAUAUAAGAAUGGUAUAUACUUUUCUGUAUAUAACACAGUAAUAUCUUGAAUGAUUAGUGAUGGAAACAGAAUUUUACAAAUCAGAAAGAAGCACUUGGAGCAACAUUUCUUCUUGCU